CCAGUCCCUCCCCGGUCAAGUCUCCCCCUUUCCACUCCCACUUCCGCUUCCGUAACCGCCGGAGGGCCCCAAGCCGCCGCCGAACGCCGGCGACCGGAGCGCAUUGCCGGCUCCCGCAGCCCCGCCCCUCCCCCAGGAGAGAAGAGAGAAGCGUGCCGGCGAUGGAGGCGGAGGAGGAGCGGGCGGCGGAGGCGCAGCGGGAGAAGGAGGCCGGCAACGACGCCUACCGCAAGCAGUACCUGGAGACGGCCGUCGACCACUACACCCGCGGCGCCGCGCUCGACCCCCGCGACAUCUCCUUCCUCACCAACCGCGCCGCCGCCUACCUCCUCAUGUCCAAGGUCGGUCAUCCCCCGCCCCAAAUCCUCCGCCCAAACCCUCGCCUCGCCCCCGUCGCUUAUCUCGGUCUCCCGUUCCAGUACAGGGAGUGCGUGAGGGACUGCGAGGAGGCGGUGGAGAGGGGCAGGGAGCUCCGCGCCGACAACAGGCUGCUGGCCCGCGCGCUGUCGCGGAAGGCGGCCGCGCUGCUCAAGCUCGCGGCCUGUGCCGCGGACUACGCGCCGGCGGUCAGGGCGCUGCAGCAGUCGCUGGCCGAGCACUACAGCGAGGACACGCGCCACAAGCUGGACCAGGCGGAGACCGCCAGGAAGGAGAUCGAGGAGCGGGAGCGGCUAGAUCAGGAGGCCGCCGACCACCACCGGCAGAGAGGCAAUGAAUUAUUUCAGAGGAAAAAUUAUCAGGAAGCGACAGCUCACUAUACUGAAGCUAUUGAAAAGAAUCCUAAUGAUCCCAGAGUCUUUAGCAAUAGAGCUCAAUGCCACAUCUAUCUAGGAAAUCUGCCUAAAGGUCUGGAGGAUGCCGAAAAAUGUAUUGAGUUGGAUCCCACUUUCCUGAAGGGCUAUGUCCGUAAAGCGAAUGUACAAUUCCUGAUGGAGUAUUAUGAAAGUGCUCUGGCAACAUACAUAGAGGGUCUGAAGUGUGAUCCAAACAAUCUCGUUGUAAUUAAUGGCUUAAGGAGAUGUGCAGCAUACAUUAACAGGUCUAAUGGCGGUGAUGUUGGGCCUGAUGAUUUGGAAGACAUCUUGGGAAAUGUUAGUUCAGAUAAUGAUUUGCGUAAUAAACUCCAAAAACUCAUGGAAGAAGCUGCAGCACUCAAGAAGGAAGCCUCUGAUGAGCGCUUGAGGCGGAUUGAAUCUGAACGAAUGGCCAGGACAUCAGAGGACUUAUAUUUAAACCAAGUCCAACAACGAAGAGAAGCUGAGGAAUGUCUUUCGAAAAUAGAACAAGAGUUCCAACAACUUAAAGUACGACAAGAUGAGGUCAGUGAGGAAUUUCAGAAAGCCACCGAGCACAAUGAGAAUCUUCAGCAUCAGCUCACAGAAACAAUCAGGGCACUCGAGUCCAUGAGGGGCAACGCAACGUCAGCUUCCCCUUCGUCUUCGGGAUCAGUGCUGGAUGAAAACCGCAUACCGUCAUACUUCAUCUGCCCUAUAUCUCAGGAUGUGAUGAAUGACCCUCACAUUGCGGCGGACGGGUUCACCUACGAAGGCGAUUUCAUCAGGAGCUGGUUCAGCACCGGCAGCGACACGUCCCCGAUGACCAACCUGCCGCUUGAACACGACGAGCUCAUCCCCAACAUCGCCCUCCGCUCCGCCAUCCAGGAGUGGCUCCAGCAGCAGAACGUGGCACCGGGAUAAUCCGCCCCUUCAAUCUGCGCCCUGAUCCGCCGCGACCUGGCUGGUACCGUAGAAGAGCCUGUGCUCCCAUCAGACGGUGCCUGUUAACAGGCGCAACAAGCAGGUAGCAUGACCAUCUGUGUGUACAGUUGAAAACGCAACGGGUUGGUGAAAACGGACUGUGCCCUCCCUCAGGCGAUGCUUGUGUGUGUGUGUGUGUUGGGUGGGGAUAACGUGUCACUGUAUACGGUAGAAAAUUGCCGGGUCAAGUUGGAGCGAUUGUGUAGAGGGAGCAGAGCAUUGACUGUGAAGUGGGAGCUCCGUUUCCAUGGGGGUCUUGUGAAAAUUGCUGGGUCUCUGUUUGUUUGUUUCACCACGCGGAGUGUGGUUUUACAUCAUUGCUUUGGAGCUUGGGGGCCUUCUGAAA